AUCCCAUGUGCCAAAUUGUGAUUGUGUUGCGGAAUUCCUAUCCUCGCUCCCUCAAGAACUCGCUACCAACUUAUCACCUUCUCUCCACCUCCAUCCUCCACCAUGCCUCGCCCCGGCCCUUUCAAAGACUCCGCCAAGGCGUCCGCCGUUCACCCCGCCGCGCCGUCCGCAACUUCAGCAACCCCUCCGCUGGGGCGAGUGGCGGUCAUUGGAGCAGGUGUCAGCGGGCUGGCGGCGGCGUGGCGGCUGCAGCAGGGGGGCGCGGAGGUGGUGGUGUACGAGGCGGACGGGCGCGUAGGCGGCAAGCUAUGGUCGCACAGAGACCAGGGCUUCCAGUGGGACGCCGGGGCCAACACCAUGAUGGAGAACGAGCCGCUAGUGGGGCGCAUAAUAGACGACCUGGGGCUGAACGACCGAGUCGUGCUGCCCCAGCAGCAGACGAAGCGGUACAUAGUGAAGAACGGCAAGCCAAUGCUGCUGCCUGGCAGUCUGGGUGACUUCCUCACCACGCCACUCCUCUCCCUCCCUGCCAAGCUGCGCAUGGUAGCGGAGCCUCUCCUGUGGAAGCGACUCCCCCCUGGGGCCAAUGCGGAGGAGGAGAGUGUGCGGAGCUUUUUGGAGCGACAUGUGGGGCCCGAGCCUGUGGAUUACAUUGUUGACCCGUUCUGUGCUGGCACCACUGGAUCCAACCCCAACGACCUCCUUAUGAAGCACGCAUUCCACGAGGUGUGGGAGCUGGAGCAGGAGCACGGGUCGCUACUAGUGGGAAUGGUGAAGAAGCAGAUGGCAAGGGCCAAUGCAAAGAAGCAGGAGGCUACCACAUCAUCAACAUCACCACAGGGAGCAUCCAAGGCCGUUGCCCCACGGCCCAAGGGCCUGUCAUUCUCAUUCCAAUCAGGCAUGCAAGAGCUGCCUCUCUCCCUCGCAUCGCGCAUCCCCCCCUCGUCCCUGCGUCUCUCCCACCGCGUGGACGCCCUCUCCUGCGACCUGCACUCGCCCCCGCACCGCCCCUCCUGGUCGCUGGCGGUCACUCGCGUGGGGGAGGGGGGCAGCAAGGGGAGGCGCAAGGACGGGGAGCAGCAGCCUGAGAGAUUCGAUGCUGUUGUUGUCACGGCCCCUCUGUCCUCCCUCGUCAACAUGCCGUUCAAACUGUCGGGUCAGCCCCAAAAUCUUUCCAUAGAGCUGCCCGUGUACCAGUCCAUGGCCCUGCUGGUGAAUGCGUUUCGGGAGGAGGAUGUUUCUUCUGCCCUGCCCGGAUUCGGUGUGCUUGUGCCUACAAAGGAAGCAGCAGCACACCAGUUCCAAACACUAGGCACGCUCUUUUCGUCCGCCAUGUUCCCCCAGCGGGCCCCCAAGGGCACAGUGCUGCUCGCCUCGUUCGUGGGUGGCUCGCGCUUCAAGGGACUGCGCAGUGCUAGCGUGGAGCAGCUGAACGCCAUGGCUCUGGCUGACCUGCAGCGCCUGCUCGGUGUGAAGGCCAAGCCCGUCUUCUCCUCGCACAUGGUGUGGCAUGACGCCUUCCCCGAGCUGACGCACGGCUAUGGCCGUGUGCUGGAGAGCAUGCGCAAGAUAGAGGCGCAACUGCCUUUCUUCUACUGGGCAGGCAACCAUCGGGACGGGUUGGCAGUGGGCAAGGCUCUGAUGGGCGGGUACAGGGCGGCUGAGAGAGCUUUGGCAGACCUGGAAGCGUCAGGUGGGAGACACCUCUUCACAAUGGCUCAACAUAACUAGUAGAAAUCCUAGAGGGCCCAUCCAUAGUUUGCUUUUGCUGCUAACAUGGGCUGUAAAUGGUCACUCGAAGAGGGAGAAACAGUGCUGUAUUUGGUUUAAGUUCUCUGCAGAUGAGAGAUUGUGUAUCUGUAAUGGAUAUGCUUGGUAGUCACUGCCAGCAUACCGACAAAUGUGUCUGAUUUCGGUGUGACGUGCAG